AUGCAGCCUCAAUUACCAAAAAUUCAUGAUAGAUCUUUAUAAUAUGGUGAUAAUCCAUUCUAUGUUCCAGAUGAAUAUGAGAUAUACAAAUUGAAAGAGAAAUCAAAAUAAGCUAGAUCUGAAGAAAGAAUUAAGUUUUCAAAAUUAAGGAUUCAAGAUAAAAGUAAAAAGUAGAAAGGAUUCUUUACAGUAAGAACUAUCGAUCGUUUAGAGAGUGAAGAAACAUCAUUUGAUUAAGAAGAAUAAGAAAAGAAGUAUCAAAUGAAUAUGAUUUAAGAAAUAUAGUGGAAAAUGCUAAUAAUGCUUUAAAAAAUAGAAUUAGAUAAAGAGAACCUAUGUAUUAAUUUUUAGAGAAAAAGAAAGAAAUGCUGUUAUUUUCAAUGCUAAUUGAUUAAAAAAGAGGAAUGAUUGAUGAAUAUGAAAAGUUAACAAGAUUGCAUAGAAAAGGUUUAGAAUAAAGUGAAUAAUUAAUUGAUGAAGAUAUUGAAAUGUUUAAUAAAUUUUUAGAAACUAAUAAUAAUAGUUCUAGAGAUGCAAUAAAAGAAGCAGAAAAUGAAACAAGAUUAAAAUAAGAGAAAACUAAUGAAAUUAAAUUAUUGUAAGAACAUAGAACAGAAUUAAUGACAAAAAAUUAAUAAAAAGUUGAUAAUUUAGAAGACUUAAUAAAAUACAAAAAAUUUUUAGAUAGAAUAACUCCGAAAGAAUUAUAAAAAAACAAAAGAAAAGAAAAAAUCAAAAUUAAAUAUAAAAAUAAUCCUUAAGAUAAUUUAAUUAGUUCAGAUCUCUAAAAAAUAUUGGAUGAUUCUGAUGAUGAAUUUGAUUCUUAUUUUAAAGAUCCUUAAUAAUUAUUUGAUAUAUUCUAAUAAUUAGAAGAAAGAAAUUUAUUUUUAAUAGCAAAUACAAAAGAAAGAGAAUAAAUGGUUGAAGAAUUAAGAUCAAAAGUAGAUUUAAAGAAAAAAGAACUUGAAGAUAAAAAAUAAAAUGCUAUUUAAAAUAAAUUUGAUUUAGAAAGAUAAAUAAUAUCUGUAAAUGAUUAAAUUAAGACAUUAAAAAGUAUUAAGAAUGAUAAUGAGGGAUUUGAAUCUCUUCGUAAUUUAGAGAUGAUGAUAUCUAGAAUGUAUAAGUCAGAUUUAAAUCCAGAACCUAGAAAAGAUAUGUCAGGAUUAGAAAUGCUAAGAGAAACAGAAAGAAAGUUAGAAUAAUAUAUAUUAGAAAUAAAAAGAUAUAGAUAGAUUGCACCAGAUUUGGUAUUAGAUAAAGAGAAGGGAUGUAUUAGAAUGAAAAAAGAUAAAAUGAAAUAAGAAAAAUAAGAAUAAGAUUUGAUAGAGAUGUAAAAAAAAUAGUAAGAAUAAUAAAAAGAAAUUAUUAUUUAAAAAAGAUAUGGUAGACCUAUUAUGAUUAGAUCAUGGCCACCAAAAGAAGAAAAAGAAGAAUAAGUUGUAACUGAAAUCAGUGAAGAAGAAAAGGAAAGAUUAAAGUAUUUUACAUGAUAAUUUAUAUAUAUAUACAUAUUCUUUUAAAUUAUUAUUAGAAUGAUUUGCCCUUAAUAUUUAUUGGAUUCCAUCAAUAAUUGUAACGAAAGAGUUAUCAAGAGAGCAUAUGAAAGACUGGAGGGUAAACAAGUACAAACUAAAUUAAAUUAAGAAUCUAGUAGAUGUGUGUUAAUAAUUGAAAUAAUUUCUAAGGACACAAUUAAGUUUACAAAGUACUUAAGAAAAAAAGACUGAUGGUAAAAUUUAAUUAAAUAUUUAUCAGAUAUCAGUUCAUUAGCAUUAUUGCUAUUAGCACUUUGUAGCUAUAAAUUAAAUGAUUUUAAUUUAAGUCAUUUAAUUUCUUACUUUGGAUGUUCUCAAGUGACUCCAUUAUAGGAUUCGCUUGAAUUUGAUUAAGUAGAAUGGAGAAAAUUAGAAUUAGAAUGGAUAUCAAUAUAAUCCUUAUAAAAAAUGAAUCAGUUAUAAGAAUGUAUUCUUAAAAUAGAAACUCUAUAAAAAUAUAUAAAAAACAGCAAGAAUUAAAAAAUAUGGGCUUAAUUAGAGAAUAUAUUGGAAUAGAAAAAAUCAUAUUUGAAAGAUUAUGUUGAAAAUAAAUAGGGAAUAUUUUUAAAGUAUAUUGAUGAAGAGAAAGCAGUUUUGGCUAAAAAAUUAUAAUAAUUAUUACUAAAAUAGUAGAACGAUAGGUAUUUUGAAUAAGAAGGUUAUCCUGCUUAUUUAAUUAGUUCUUAAUGGAUAGCUCGUUUUAGUUUAUACACAAAAUAUUAUGAAUUAACAAAAGAAAAUCCUGAUUUAUUGAAAUCAUUCCUUGCAAAAAAGAAUGUAUGAUAAUAUAAUAAUAUAUAUAAAGAAUUCAAUGGAAGAUGAAACUUUUGUAGAAAUUUUUAAAUAAUAUUGCAAUAAUUAAACAUAUGAAGAAUUGGAAAGAAUAUCAAAUUCAACACAAAAUACUUCUGAUAUACAUAUCUGUCCAAUAUAUAAUGAUGAUUUAAUUGAUUUAUAUACAUAAUUUGAGAAGGAUCCAUUAAAAGCGAAAAACUAUUCAAAUUAUGGUUUAAAUAAAUCUAUUAGAGAAAAUUAAAACUUUAUAUUUGUAUGUAGUUAAAUUUGGAGAUUUUUAUAUAAUCUAUUUGGUGGAGUGGAAAUAAAAAGAAUUAUUUUAUGUAGAAGUAAGCAUGCAGUUGAAACACAUUUAUUUUAAGUUAAGUGUUAAUUAUUUCCAUAAACUUAAUAAAAAAUAAUAAAUUUAUAAUUUAAUGGAAAUGAAAGAAUGGAAGAUCUUAUUAAUAAAGUUUAUAGAAUCACAAAUCACAAAAUUAGAAAUAUUUGGAAAAUACCUAAAGAGAUCAAUUAAGAGGAACUUAUGAAAAGUUAAUCAGUAGUGGGUACAAAGUUAAGUAAAGAUAAUAUAUUAGAAGUAUUCUUAUUUAUAAUAUUAGUAAUCAGAGAUAGGACCUGAUGAAGUUUUACUUUUAGAAUUAGAAUAAGAUUAAUAUAGAUUAGAAAAAAAAGAAAAUUUAUAAACAAUAUCAAUUCCUAAUAAAUGUAUGAGUUGCGGUAAUUAAGAAUCUCAACUCUAUUUAUGUGAAUGCAGAAGUGUUAAAUAUUGUAAUGAAAUCUGUCAAGCUAAUGAUUUGAAGUUUCAUAUUGAUGCUUGUAAAAGUAAUUUUAUCCUUUAUUAAUUUAGAAAUCAUGGAAAAGGAUUCCUUAAUUAAUUAAUUAGCAAAGAAAUAUAAAGUUAGACCUCCAGCUAAAAUAAUUAAAAAUUCAGCCAAAGGAAUAUGUGGAUUAAGUAAUUUAGGAAAUACUUGUUUUAUGAAUUCCAGUUUAUAAUGUUUGAGUAAUGUUACUGAAUUAACUGAAUAUAUGAUAUACAAUACUUAUCUCUAAGAUUUAAAUGAGAAAAACCCAUUAGGAACAGGUGGUAAAUUAGCAUGCAAUUAUGCUGAAUUAUUAAAAGAUCUUUAUGAAUCUACAUCAACUAGUGUAGCACCUUGGAAUAUUAAAAAGGUUAUUGGAUAAUAUGCUCCUUAAUUUAAUGGUUAUAGUUAAUAAGACUCAUAGGAAUUACUCUCAUAUUUAUUAGAUGGUUUACAUGAAGAUUUAAAUAGAAUUAAAAAGAAACCAUACAUACCAGAUAUAGAAUACAAAGGUUAAAGUGAUUAAGAAUUUGCAGAUAUAUAUUGGGAAAAUCAUAAAAAGAGAAAUGAUUCAAUAAUAAUAGAUCUCUUUACAGGAUAAUUUAAAUCAAGAGUAGAAUGUCCUGAGUGUAACUAUGUAUCUAUAACUUUUGAUCCUUUUGUUACAAUUUCAUUACCAAUUCCAAACAAAGAAUACAUUUAAUUUUAAUUUUAUUUAAUUUUUAGAGAUUCUAAUGAGACUCCUUUAAAAAUUCAACAAACUUUGCAAUCAACUAUGACAGCUGGAGAAAUUAUUGAAAUGAUAUCCAAAAUUAAGAAUAUUAAGCCUGAAUAUCUAAAAUUUUAUUCUUUAUAAGAUUCAGCUAUAAUUGACAAUGGAAUAUCACCAGAAUAAACUAUUAAAUAAAUCAAAGAAAAUUAAGCUACAAUAUUUUUAUUUGAAGAAUAUGAUGAAAAAAUAGACAAACCUGUUUCUAAAUAUGAUUCAAAAAUUAAAUCACCUUAUCAUUAAGUUCUCUGUAAUGUUAGAAAAUUAGAAGAAAGUAGACUUAAUCAAUAGAAUUAUAGGAUAUCUUUUACUAGAGUUUUUUAUGUUGAUAGUCAAACCACUUAUUAAGAUCUCCAUCUAAUGAUAUACUAAAUUUUUAGAACUAAUUUAAUGUAAAUUAGUGAAAUCACUUCUAAUUUUAAUAUAAAUAAAGAAUUUGAAUAGUUCUUAAAGAAUAUCAAAAAAUUCAUUUACAAAGAUUAAUUUGAGGAAUAUUAGGACUUAUUAAAAUUAAAAGAUAGUAUAUAUUAACUAUUAGAUGAUAAUAAUAAACCAUUACCCUUUACAAGUAAAUAAAUUGAAGUGAGUGGUAAGUCUAUCAAUCUAAAUGCUUAAUUUAAAUUACGUGCUGAACUUUUAAAGUUAAAUAGAUGUGUUGAUGCAGAAUUCACACUAUAAACUCCUAAUUAAAGCCUGUAGUAAGCAAUCACAUUGAAUGAUUGUUUAAAUUAGUUUUGUUAAGAAGAAGUCUUAGGAGUUGGAAAUGAAUGGUAUUGUUCUAAAUGUAAAAAACAUCAAAAGGCAAAGAAGUAAAUGUAAAUAUAUAAGGUAAAAUAUUUAUAUGAUCUGAUUCAGGCACCUUAAAUUAUGAUAUUACAUCUAAAAAGAUUUCGAUCAACAAGAGUGACAUAAUUUUAUGGAACCUACUCUGUAGGCGGAGUAACUAAGAUAGUCUAAUAUGUUGAUUUCCCUCUUGAAAAUUUUAAUAUUCAACCUUUCAUUUUAGAAAAAGUAUUCUUUGUAAUUUAUUAUUAAGGAAUCUCAACAACCUUAUGUCUAUGAUUUAUUUGCAGUUUCAAAUCACUAUGGGGGUUUGGGAGGUGGGCACUAUACAGCUUAUGCAAAAAAUCCAAUGUAUAAUGCUUGGUUUGAUUUUAAUGAUUCUUAAGUCAAAGAAUUAAGAUCUAAUCCAGUAACAGAUGCAGCUUAUGUUUUAUUUUAUAGGAGAAGGAAAGUAAAAUGA